UUGAAACGGCGUGGUUUUGGUCAAACAAAAACAGCUGGAAAACAAAUUCCGAUUUUACUCAAAAACUGUUCAAUUUCGCCUAAUUUUCGCAAAAUGUACCUCAUGUACGAUACCAACGAGCAAGGAGAACGUGUGUACACGUUGAAGAAACAUAACCCCGCCGGCACGCCGACUCAAUCGGCGCACCCGGCUCGAUUCUCGCCAGAGGAUAAGUUCUCCCGCCAUCGGAUCAUCAUUAAAAAGCGUUUCGGAUUACUAUUGACCCAAAAACCGGAACCCGUCUACUAACGGGCUUGAGGCUGGUUCGGAUUAAACAUGUUUUUUUAAGGAAUAAAGCGGUACUCUACUG